UUGCUCUGAAAUUGGCAAAAAACAAAAUGGAGGCGUAUAAUAUUUUUGUUUGGCAUAGAAUAUAAAAAAUUCGUAUUUGUGUGUGCACGAAACGCCGUAAACAAACGCCGUAAAAGCGGACAAAACAGGCAGUGCGAACGAUUUUUGCCAAGGGAUCGGGAUCCGCUGGAAGGGAACCGCAUUUCGCCGUUUCGCGUUGGAAGGGCCAACAGAACCGGAGGAGUUCCCAUAUUCGCCACUUUUUGUUGUUAGGGCGCUUCCAAGGCGGGCAGCUUCCCCCUUCCCGGGAAUUACCGCUAAUUGGAUUGGACUGGAAAGAGGCAGAGCGCAGGGAAGCGGAAGCGGAAGCGGAAGAUAAGGAGAGGGAGAAGGAGAAGGAGGAAGAGGAAGCGGAAGAGGAGUGGGGACAGGAGGUGGACCCAAAGAGGACGCCGCGAUGGCCACCACCCAGCAAUAUUCGCUGCGGUGGAACAACUACCUGCGCCACCUCACCUACUCCCUGGACAACCACCGGCUGAACGAUGACUUCGUGGACGUCAGCCUCUGCGUCGAUGGACGCAGGAUCAAGGCCCACAAGGUGGUGCUCUCGUCCUGCUCGUCGUACUUCAAGGAGAUCUUCAAGGAGAACCCCCAUCCGCACCCAGUCAUUAUCUUUAAGUUCAUCAAGUUUGAGGAUCUCAACUCGAUCAUCGAGUUCAUGUACCAGGGCGAAGUCAAUGUGCAGCAGGAGGCGCUGCAAUCCUUCCUGCAGACCGCCGAACUGCUGGCCGUCCAAGGACUCACCGCCGAGGAGAAGGAGAAGCCGCAGAUGCCGGUGGCGCCGCUGAUCAGCGAGCACAAGCUGAUCAAGACCAUACCGAGCACCAUACGCGCGGUCAACGAGCAGCAGCAGCAGCAGCAGGUGGCCAAUGUGGCCCAGGCGCAGACAGCCACGCAAACCAUCGAAAUACCCACGGCCACGUUGCUGCAGGCAACCACCACCAGCCAGGUGCAAUCGCAGGUGGUUGCAGCCGCAGCGGCAGCCGCACAGCAGCUGCAGGUCCAGCAACAGCAGCAUCACCAUGUACAAACCACCCAGAUCCAGCACAUUCAAGUGCAAUCUGCACCGCCCCCGCAACAGCAGCAGCAGCAGCAACAGCAACAACAGCAGCAGCAGCAAUCCCAGCAGCAACAGACAACGCCUGUGCAGACGCAACACCUGACCAUCACCAAUGCGGUGGCCCUGCCGGCGGCCAGUUCGGUCAAGAAGCGCAAGAUCACCUUCUCCGACGACGAUGACAACAUCUACACCACCGAAACCGUUGACUAUGCCGUCAAGGAUGAGCAGACCAUAGUGAAAACUGCCGAGAUGACUUUCCUGCGCGGCGCCGUCAAGAUGGACAUACCCGACUAUAUUGUGGGCGAGGUGGAUGACCGUCUGUCGGAUGGAGCCACGCCCCAAACGUCGCAGGAUGCCACCAACGCAGCGGCCCAGAAUGUGGCCCAGUACUCCUCCGAGUACGAGAUACUCACCGAGUCCGAAAUGGAGGAGAAGUACCAGGCGGAUGCGGACAAUGCCGAGAUUGCCAUUGAGAUGACCCGAUUGCUGAGCAACGCUGGCGGGAAUGCGGGAGCGAAUUCCGGCGGGGUGCUGGAGGAUACGGGUGGCGGUGGCGGCACUACUGGUCCCUCGACUACGGUGUCUGUGACGCCGGUCAAAUCGGACAGCAAGGCCAGCGGGACAAACGAUUCGCCCAAUAAUAAGUGGACAGAAUGUCAGUUUUGCAAAAUGGUUAUAACCACGGUUAAUCUUUGGAGACAUAUUCGCACCCAACAUACCCCACAACCGCCGCGCAAGUGCGACCUGUGCAAUAAGAAUUUCAAGAAUAAGUACAGUCUGCGGGAGCACAUACGCAUCUCGCACGAGCAGAAGGUGGCCAUCAAGACGGAGAACUGAUGCGUGCUCAUCAGCCUGGGCCGUCUGCGAGCCGUCACUGGAUCGGGAACGAUAGCAUACCUGGUUAAGGGAGGAGAGAGUUAUAGUUAAUUACGUCCAGCUUAGCGAGAAGCCAACCAACCAACCAACCAGCCAGCCAGCCAAUCCCUACCCCGUGUUCCCAUGAAACCCUUCCCAAAAACACACAAACAAACUAGCCAAAAUUGUCAACUCAAAUGCAAAGCAGUUAGAAGUACGGAGCGUUACACUUAGCGUACACAUUGGGCACUCAAAUAGCCCUCGAUGUUUAGCCCCUAUAUAGUUAUAUAGUAUAUAUAUAUAUAUAUAUAACCCCAUGGUAGCCACUAAGUCAAAUCAGUCAGUCAGUCGGAGAGCGGAGCUGGUAAUCCCGUCGUUGACCAAGCCAUGUCAUGUGUCCACGUAAUACGUACAUGUACCACUUGUAUUUUAGUCCACAAUUUGCUUUAGAUAUUUCUUUAUUAUAUAGAUGGCAAAGUACAAGCCCUUAAGAACCCAUUGACACAACCAUUAUGUAUAUAAACACACACACCCUGGAAUCUUUAGAGAUUGUAAUGCACACUUUGGGUGCUUAAUAGCUCAGAUAGAGUGAUACUAUAUAGAUCAGAAACCGAUCACAAGUUAUCAUGUUGUUUAUAGAACUCUUAAGUUACAUUUACCCCCAAAAUGAUCACUUUAUUUAAGCUCUUAAACAGCCCACAAAGUUGUGGUGCCACGAAAUGUAUUAUUUCUUACUUAAAACUCUGAUAUUAUUCAGUUUUGUACAUAGAGCUAGGCGACUUAACUUACUUAUAGACACCAAAAAAAAAAAAACGAAAACCUAUGCCCAAAUGUCUAGAGAUUCUUUGCCCAAUUUAAUUCCCGGUAAAGCUCUGUACUUUGCUCACAAAAAGAAUUACGAAAAUACCCCUUGUGUACAAAUUUACGAUACGAUAAAUACCCAAUUAUCCAGCGCGCUUUUUGACCAUCUGUGUUCAGCAUUAGAGCGUUGGCAGUUGAAUGUAAAUUAGCUAAAUUAGUUUUAGUUUAGUUUAAGCCCCCGCCCCCUCCAUAAAUUUGAUCGGACCUAGUUUAGUUUUUUGGUAUAACUUAGUUGAGUAGCCCACACGAGCCAAGUGAAAACGGAAGUCAUAGCGUGUACGCUAGGAUUAGUUAAAAGUAUUUUCCAAAACAACAAAAAAAAAUCGAAAGACAAAAAAAAAAGGAAACGAUAAGAAAACCUGUAGAAAUCCUCUCUAAGACAAAAACUCAAAAAACACAUACACGGAUACAUACUAAAGAUAAUCUAGUUAAA